AAACACAACAAAGCUUUUUUCUUACAACGUCUAAGCACGUAGGAAGCUUUAUCUUUGGCUUAAAUGAUAUUGCAAGUCGUAGGUCUUGCACAGGCGCGUAGUAUGCACAACUCCACAAAAGUUUUUAUGCUAGUCCAGUGCCAACCAUUGCGGCAAACAGACGCAUUUAAUUUAAAAGCGUAUAAACAAAAUAAAGUCCAAAAAUUAAUCGGCUCGCUCGCUCGCUUGCCCCAUCAUAAAUCCGUUACAAAAUUAACUCUAAUUGCACGUCUUACAAGCUCAUUAAGAUUAGAGCACGCCUCAUAAUUAACCACGAGUUUCGGUCAAAGCUAAUUAAAGACAAACAAAAAAGCAAAACCUUGGCUCAACAAAAACUAGAUUAAGUGAAAAUAAAAUGAAAAUAAUCUAUCUAUUAGUCGUGUUAAGUGGCUUUAAUUGUGGUCUUGGCCAUGCCUGGAAGCCCAUAGUGGGCCAAACGCCAACGGCUACCUCCACCAUAAGUGGCUCAAAGGCUGCUUCGGCCACCUUUACAAGUUCAUUUAGUCUGCAGCAAUCACAUCCCGAUUACGGUGGCAAAACCGGCGGCUAUGUUGCGGAGAUAGCUGGUGGUGGAAGCAAGCAACUGCUGCUGGAAGAAAUAGCACCACAAUCGGAAGAGAUAAUACCACAGAAAAGCAAUUAUAAAGCGUAUGAUCCCAUAGUGCCAGCUUCCAUAAAUUUUGGAGAUGCUCGUUUUGGUUAUAAACCAGCAGGGGCAGUGGCCUUUAAGGAGGAUCAAUGCUCUGUGAAGAAAUAUGCCUUCAAUCAUGAUGGUGUUGUUCAUUAUGACAAUGAAAUCCCAGAAUUAUCACAAUUCACCAUUUGCUUCUGGAUGCGUUUCACCAAUCACAGUGGCGAUCAUGUCAUUCUAACCUAUUCCGCCGAGGAAGGACAUCGUGAUUUCCAAUUUUGGGUGGCUAACGCUAAAAACUCCAGCUUUAUCUCCAUGGCCAUAAAAGGUCAACAAAUUUACAGACUGAACUAUCCAUUGAGGGUUCGUCAAUGGCAUCAUAGCUGCACAUCAUGGAAUGGCAAAACGGGUGAAUGGCAAGUGUGGCUAAAAGCCGAACGGAUUGGGCGAGGUUUCCACAACUCUCUUGUGGGCCACAAAAUUCCACCCAAGGGCAAACUCUUUUCAGGAGGACCUUCAGUUACAGGCAAAAUCUCCGAAGGUUUGCACUUUGAAGUUACCCUGGUGCAAUUGUAUCGUGUGGCUUUGAGUGCAGGCAAAGCUCAUAGAGAUCAUAAACACCAUCAUGCGCAUCAUUUCGAUCAUGAAGGCAAGGAGAUACAUCCCACAACUAAACCUCCCCCAGUGAUCAAUCGCCCUCAACCCAUGCACAGCCUUUUGGCCAAUGGCCAAAUUCCCACAAGGGUGCGCAUAAAUCUGGCUCAGCCCACUGCCAAUACUGCUAAUGAAAUCCCUGCCAAUGCUGCUGCUGAGCAAGCUUUGACCAUACACACGAAUUUCUUAAAUGGUCAAAUUAAUGCUGGUUCCCGUUUGGUUGCUCAACAAUUGGUAGGCCUCAAUCAACCAUUAGCAGGACCUCAAUCCACUCAGACUGUAAAUCGCCAAACAAUAUUGGAUCCCAGUAAUCCUGGAAAAAUUAAAUUUGUGGAUGAAACCGAGACACGCAUACUCUUCAAGCGUGAUAUAAAGAAUUCCGAUAAGAAUCUAAAGAAACGAGGUUUGGUCUUUUUGGAUGAUGGCAGUAUUGUGGAUGAUCCUUUGAUUCAAGGUUCGGCCAUACUCAAAUAUGAAGGCUUGGCCGAAUUUGGUGGUCAACAGUUUAAGGAGGAUCUAAAUGGUCACAUGCAGGUCGAGGAUGACGUUUCGGAACAUGAUCGUGAGCCUGCAGAGGAUGAAGUCAAGGCCGUAAUGGCUUUGUGUGGUGCAUGUGACACAGAACCCUUCCAGGGUGCCAUUGUCUUUGCCUGGAAGGAUGCCCAUGAGCAGCUGAACAAUGCACUCAAGGGCUAUAGUGUGGGCAGAUGUGGUAAUUUCUAGACAAAUUCGUUUUAAAAUUUUAAGUAAGGUUUAGUAAAAUCGUUGGAUAAGAAAUAGCAAAGGAGUCGAUGGCGACAGUUGUAUUGUAUUUUUAGCCACUAGUCAGCUAAACAGGAAUUUGGAAAAUGCAAUUUUUGACGCAAAAAAUUACAGAAAAUAUGACUCGGGGUUUAAAUAGUGUACAACAAAUGCAAUGUAAUUUUAAUUGAUUUUUUUUUACGCAAAA